UUCUUUUAAAAAUUCUUUAAAAAAAUACCAUCGUCUUUGAUUCUCUUCCCUUGGGAAUUCCUGUUUCUUUCUUCUUCCCUUCCCAGUGCGCGUGUUAUGCUUGUCCAUUCUCUCCGAUUGCUAUUAGUGGGGGUUGAUGUUUGGGUAACGUAAUCAUCGAGCUCCUUCUCUCCUUCCUUGGUUCUGCUCGGCGUCGCCGUUCUUCUUCUCGGUUGCCUCCUCCUCCCUGCUUGGUGUUGGUACUCAUUUCUUUCGACCCUGUGGUGUUCGCAGGAGCUUCACCCUUCUUUCCCUAUUUCGUUACGUUGCUGUGUGAGGGUGUAGGCAGAUCGCCAUCUUCACUUCUCUUCUUCUCUUGUGCAUCCACUGUGGGGGGUAGUGUAGACUUAGAGAUGGAGGCCUUGAAAGCAUGCUACGGAGAUACAUCUUCUGACUCAGACUAUGAAUCUGCGUCUUCCAGCCCAACUUUAGUCCACUCUGAAGGCUUCACUCCAUUGCCUCCACCUCCUGUCUCGCUUCUCAAUCCUCCAAAUUCUCUUGGUAUUUAUUGUUUUAAUGGUGAAGGUUCUCAAGAUUUUCUAACCAGUCAGACAAGUAGAAUUAGGAGUUUCCCUCAUGUCGAUGGUAACUAUGCAUUACAUGUUUACAUACCUGUCUGUAUUCCAUCUCCAUCAAAGAAAGAAUUGGCUGCCUUCUUGAAGAAAGUCUCAUCUCACGAGCCAAGUCUUCAUGCUGUUGAUGUUGAUUUACCACUUAAUAUUCUCUGCAAAAAUGAAGAGAAGCUUGAGCGGGCUGUUUUAGAAAGGGAAUUUCAUGUUAGCUUGGGAAGAACUGUCCCAAUACGAGUGCAUCAGAUUGACUCCAUGGUAUCAAUGCUUCGACAGAAACUUCAAACUCAACAGCGCUACUGGAUUGACUUUAGUAAGUGGGAAGUUUUUGUAAAUGAUGACUACACACGCACCUUUUUAUCGUUAGAAGUGGUUAAAGGAGGGUUGAGAGAGAUAACAAAGCAAAUUGAAGCUGUCAAUGGUGUUUAUAAGCUUCAUAAUCUCCCCGAGUUUUACAAGGAUCCUCGACCUCACAUAUCCUUAGCGUGGGCGUUGGGUGACAUUGGUCAUUCCCUGAAGAAAGUGGUUGAACAAGUAAUCAAGAGAAAUACUGUUGAGAGUUCUGUAAAGAAAUGGGCUUUUACCUGUAAAUUCAAAGGUAUUGAAUGUAAGAUUGGCCAUAAAACAUACACGAUUUGUAAAAUUUCCGAGGGACAUUGAUAUGCUUAAGAGUAAGAUUAAGAGUAAAAUGUUUGGCUGCAUAGAUUUUAUCUGAAAUCAUUUUUGGGAGCUAGUGGUGAGCAGUUUAGCGUUAUCCUGUAAAAUAUUUCUUUUUGUUAAGGAAAAAUUCUUUUAGUCCUA